AUGCAAGUUCAACCACCGUUGUUGGAGAAGAAGACUACCAUGUUGUUCAUCAAUACUCUAAAAGCUCCUUUCAUCACUCACAUAAUUGGGAGCACCACCAAAAGUUUUGCGGAUAUAAUCAUGGCGGGAGAGAUAAUUGAGAAUGCUAUAAGGGGUGGCAAAAUUGAGGGGGAAACAACUAAAAGAUCGGCCCCAAAGAGAAAGGAUAGUGAAGUGAAUAACACAAGUACUUUUAACACGAAGGCAAUCACAGUUGGUCAACCUAAAACAGCUGCGGUUGAGCAACAGAGUUCUCAAAGGCAAGAGUCAGGUACAAGGCAGAAUUCUGAAAGGAUGCAAUUCACACCUAUCCCCAUGACGUAUCGUGAGCUCUAUCAAAGCUUAUACGAUGCACAUGUCGUAGAAAGGCUUAUUAAGAUGGGGGUAGUGAAGUUCAAUAAUACCCCGAAUACUGAAAACCCAUUACCAAAUCAAGGAGUGAAUGCCAUUGGUGAAACCAGUGAGAGGAGAAUAAAGGAAGGCGUGGCUGAGGUGAGAAUGUCGAUGAAGAUGAUUUGGGAAGAAAUGGUAAAAAGAGAGAUGAUAAUCUCUAAAGAGAGGAAUGAAGAAGCAAGGGACUAUUGUGAGUUCCAUGCCGAAGAGGGGCACAAGAUUCAAGAAUACGACGAGUUUAAGGCAUUGAUACAAAGCCUUAUGGACAACAAGAAGCUAGGAUUUUAUGAAGCUGGGCCAAAUGAGAGACAUAUAUGCACAUUAAAAAGUGCACCGAAGAAUCAAAACCGGCCAAGGAUCAUUAUUUCUUUACUAGGAAGUAAUGAAGUUGAAAUAUCGACGGUACCGAAAGUCAUCAUUCAUAAACCUGUUUCCUUUUCUUAUAAGGAUAACAAGAGGGUACCAUGGAGUUAUAACUGCCAUGUGUCAAUGCCAGAGAGGGAGGAUAUAGCAAGUGCUUCUAAGGAAGUUCAGGAGAAGGAGAAAGAGGCUGAAGCACAUAUCAAGGAGCCAGUAAAGGAGAAAGAGGCUAAGAAAUUUCUAAAGUUCCUUAAGCAUAGCGAGUAUAGCGUGGUCGAGCAAUUACGUAAGCAGCCGGCUCGUAUAUCAGUAUUGGCUCUACUUCUGAGUUCUGAGGGCAGGGGGUCAACAAAGGCCCUGCAUAUCACUACUCGAUGUAAGGGGUACACACUCCCAAGCGUGCUCGUCGAUAAUGGAUCGGCUUUGAAUGUUCUACCGUUGUCUACUCUAAACAGAUUACCCAUUGAUGAUUCUCACAUUAAGACAUGUCAAAAUGUGGUAAGAGCCUUUGACGGUACAAAAAAGAAGGUGAUGGGAAGGAUUUACAUCCCCUUGGAAAUUGGGCCAAAUAUAUAUGAAGUAGACUUCUUGGUGAUGGAUAUCAAGCCCUCCUACAAUUGCUUAUUAGGAAGGCCAUGGAUACAUUUAGCGGGAGCAGUGCCCUCAUCGUUCAACCAAAAAUUAAAGUUAGUGACGGAUGGACGGUUAGUAACCAUCAAUGUGGAGGAGGAUAUUAUAGCCGCAGUCACUAGCAAGACCCCUUAUGUCGAGACAAACGAAGAGUCUAUUGAGUGUUCCUUUCACUCUUUAGAAUUUGUGAAUGCAACCUUCAUUUCAGAAGGGAGUGAGCCACAUGCGCCAAAGAUAGCAAGAGCCACGAGGAUGGCUCUACAAAUGAUAGUGGGAAAGGGAGCCUUGGCAGGAAGGGGGUUAGGAAAAUACCUGCAAUGA